AAGACUCGCCUAUGAACACAGAGAAAAUCGCUGAGCAAAGCACGGAAGUUCACGUCAAAACAAUACACUUAUGAAUAUGAGACCGAAAGUAACUUUAACUUGCCAAACCCUUGCUUUAGUUCCAAGACAAACAGUUUAUUUCCAGAUUUUGUAACACGUCAAAAUGGCAAAUCGAAAAGAUGAUAUAAUGAAACUUUGCUGUGAAAUCUCCGCAAACAAGAAGAUAAAGGCAGCAUUUAAGAACUCAGCGAAAGGAGCUGCAGUUGUUGGAGGAACUGUUUUUGUUGGAGGGCUGAUCGGUGGUCCAGCCGGUUUAGCUGUUGGUGGUGCUGUGGGGGGUAUGCUGGGAGCAUGGAUGACCAGCGGCCAAUUCAAGCCUCUUCCUGAGAUCCUCAUGGAAAUGGCUCCUACACAGCAGGAGCAGCUGUACUCUGAUGUCAUGGCCAUAUUGGGUACACUGAAGUGGACCGACAUUCCUCAGCUAAUUGCUCAAGUUAAUAGGAAUGCCUCUCUACAUGAGCAGGUGCUGGGUGCCAUACUCAAUUUUACUAAAAACCAACUCAAAGCCGAAGUGCGGUAUGAAGACUGAGCGCUGGAGAGUAAAUGUCACUGGUUUAGUUACUCUUUAAUGCAUUCAUUGCUCUUUUAAUGUGGGAUACUUAGGUUUAGCCAUUGAUUUUAAACUUUUUAUAACUUUUGAACUACUUUUUUGAUAGAAAUAAGUAUGCUUAUAGGAUGUUAGGGUAUUUAUAGCUGACUACUGCGAGUUCUAAAUAUAGCUACUAAUGUCAGAAGAGCAUGGUUGAAAAAAACACUGGCUUAUUUGUUACAUACGUUUCAGUGCGUAAGGACAAACUAGAAAAACAAGUUGCUAGUAGUUUGCAGUUUUUAUGUCGUGUGAUUUUUUUAAUAAAACACUUUAGGAUGUGUAAGAUAUCAAUAUGUUAAAGUAGAACUUUAAACAAUUGGCCUACCUGUUUAGGCCAGACCGUUUACAUAGGCAUGAUCAAAAGCAGAUCUACUCUUUGUUAUUUUAAGUUAUCAAUGCAAAAGGUGUAAUGUGUCACUGCAU